CCUUACUAAAGCGUCACGACUCACGAGUUACAGGAAUGAUGGUCAUGGGGAACUAAAGAGGAAAAUGGCUCGAGUUUGCCGCUUAUUACAAUUCAUGAAGUGACACAGCAACCGUCGGAGGUACCGGGGGAGCCGCCAUGGCGAACAUCACAAAGAAAGUGUCGUGGUCGAGCCGGGCUGACGAGUCCGGUGCCGCUGGCGAAGCGACGCCGCUGCUAAACGGCUCCGACAAGCGUCAACACUCCAGAGAGCUGUCUGGAGGAGGCGCUGUAUUUCAAAUAGGCAGACUCAGCAAUGUGGAUUUGGAAGAAGAGAUCACAUCAGAUGAGGGGUCCCAUCGGGAGCGUCCCAAAGAAAUCCCUCACAAUGAGAAGCUGCUAUCACUCAAAUAUGAGAGUCUUGACUACGAUAACAUCGAGAACCAGCUGUUUUUGGAGGAGGAGAGGCGUAUGAGUUACCUGGGUUUUCGCUGUUUGGAGAUCAGUCGCUGGGUGGUCUGCGGUCUGAUCGGCUUUCUGACAGGCCUCAUUGCCUGUUUCAUUGACAUUGUCGUAGAGCAGCUGGCUGGAAUCAAAUACCAAGUUGUUAAAGAAAAUAUAGAGAGGUUUACAGAAGUGGGCGGACUGUCUCUCUCUCUCAUCCUUUGGGCUGUCCUAAACUCAGUCUUUGUCAUGGUGGGAGCAAUCAUAGUUGCCUUUUUUGAGCCAAUAGCAGCUGGAAGUGGUAUUCCACAAAUAAAGUGUUACCUGAACGGAGUCAAGGUUCCGAGAGUGGUUCGUCUCAAGACUCUGGUGGUGAAAGUGUGUGGUGUUAUUUGCUCAGUUGUGGGUGGACUUGCUGUUGGAAAGGAAGGUCCAAUGAUCCACUCUGGUGCAGUUGUAGCUGCAGGAGUCUCCCAGGGCCGCAGCACCUCUUUAAAAAAAGACUUCAAGAUAUUUGAAUACUUCCGCAGAGACACAGAAAAACGAGACUUUGUUUCUGCUGGAGCUGCUGCUGGAGUCUCGGCUGCUUUUGGAGCACCAGUUGGUGGGGUUCUCUUCUCUCUUGAAGAAGGAGCUUCUUUCUGGAACCAGAUGCUCACUUGGAGGAUAUUCUUUGCAUCCAUGAUCUCCACCUUCACCCUAAACUUCUUCCUCAGCAUCUACCACAACAACCCAGGUGAUCUUUCCAACCCUGGUCUCAUCAACUUUGGACGAUUUGAAAAUGAUAGCGUGGCCUAUUACCUCUAUGAAAUUCCCUUGUUCAUCGCCAUGGGUGCUAUAGGUGGACUUCUGGGAGCUCUGUUCAACAUUCUCAACUACUGGCUGACCAUCUUCAGGAUAAGGUAUGUCCAUCGGCCUUGUCUGCAAGUGAUGGAGGCUAUGUUGGUCGCUGCUGUGACCGCAACAGUGUCAUUCACAAUGAUUUACUUCUCCAACGAUUGUCAGCCUCUCGGCCCUGAGCACACUGAGGAGUACCCUCUGCAGCUGUUCUGUGCAGAUGGGGAGUAUAACUCCAUGGCAACAGCCUUCUUCAACACUCCAGAGAGAAGUGUCCGUAGUCUUUUCCACAACCAGCCAGGAUCCUACAAUCCAUUGACGCUAGGCUUGUUCACCCUCACAUACUUCUUCCUGGCCUGUUGGACGUACGGCCUCACUGUGUCCGCUGGAGUCUUCAUCCCGUCUCUGCUUAUUGGUGCAGCCUGGGGAAGACUGUGCGGAAUUCUGCUGUCUGCCAUUUCAGCCACUGGAUCGAUCUGGGCUGAUCCUGGUAAAUAUGCCUUGAUUGGAGCUGCAGCUCAGUUAGGUGGCAUUGUGAGGAUGACUCUCAGUUUGACCGUCAUCAUGGUGGAGGCUACAGGAAACGUCACAUACGGCCUUCCCAUCAUGCUAGUCUUGAUGACGGCCAAGAUCGUAGGAGACUACUUUGUGGAGGGCCUGUAUGACAUCCACAUUAAGCUGCAGAGCAUUCCUUUCCUUCACUGGGAGGCUCCUGCCACUUCACACUGGCUAACAGCUAGAGAAGUCAUGAGUUCUCCUGUCACCUGUUUGAACAAGAUAGAGAAGGUGGGAACCAUUGUUGACAUCCUUAGCAACACAUCGACCAAUCACAAUGGUUUCCCUGUGGUGGUGGUGCAAGGUGAUUCCGGUGAAGAGCCAGCAAAGCUCUGCGGACUCAUCCUUCGCUCACAACUCAUCGUUCUCCUCAAGCACAAGGUGUUUGUGGAGCUGGCUCGUUCACGGCUAACCCAGAGGAAGCUCCUGCUGAAGGACUUCAGGGACGCCUACCCGCGCUUCCCCCCCAUCCAAAGCAUUCACGUCUCCCAGGAUGAGCGAGAGUGUAUGAUGGACCUCUCUGAGUUCAUGAACCCAACACCCUACACUGUUCCACAGGAAACAUCUCUUCCUCGUGUGUUUAAACUAGUCAGAGCGCUGGGCCUCAGGCAUCUGGUUGUGGUGGAUGAUGAGAACAGGGUGGUUGGACUGGUGACCAGGAAAGACUUGGCCAGAUAUCACCUGGGCAAACAUGGACUGGAAGAGCUUCAACUGGCCCAGACAUAGUGUGCACGCACGCAUUUACACACACACACACACAAGAACAGUGCCAUAAAGCGUUCCCGUAGCCCAACUAUGACAAGUGCCUAAUGUGAUGGUCAACGAGGAUUACCAUGACAACCAAACACAUCUACAAGCAAGGGCUUGAUCACCAAAGAGCCCCGUGUGUCUUCCCUGCACUCUGAGUGAAAAUCAUUCAGUAACUCCCUCUGCACAUGCACAUGCUUUGUUGUUGUCAUCAGUCUCAAACAGCCUCACACUCCCUCGGUUACAUCUUCUGUUUCGGUCCAAGCUAUUCAAUAUCGUUGGCAUUUGUUUUCCCCCCAUACAGAUGAUUUUGUUUGAAGAAAAAACCUCAUCAUAUUUCCAUAUCUUGACAGUUGGUAAAUCUGUAGCAAAGUGAUGAUGACAAAGUGGUUGUAAUGCAGACUAAAUACAGUUUGAAUAAUUUAUACAAAUGCUUAUGUGCACUACAUUCAUUUUAGAUGUUGAAAUUGGACAGUAAUAUGGUACUGAAAGGACAUACAAUAGUUGUUCAUUUCAUUUUUUGCGCAAUUCACUAUGUUCUGUUGUUUUGCACUGAAAUAAUUCUGUUAUUUAUUUCUUGUUUUAGUUUUGUGCCUAGACGAGAGAUGUAACCUAAAUCUCUGUAAUGUGUAUUUUUAAAGAAAAGUAUAGCAACCUGUGAUUUGCCCUUUUCUGCCUUGUUUGUGAUGCAAUCUUAGCUAGAGAUCAGGUAUGCCCUCCCUCAAUCUUUAUUCCUCAAUCUUUCUGAUUUCCAGGUAACACUGUCUGGAGGGAAGGGAAACAAAAUCACCUUUACACUUGAUUAUACAUUUUUAACACCAACAGAUAUCUGUACUGUGGCUACUACUGAAAAGAUGUGUGGCACAGGAAGCCCAAUAUAAAUGUAAGCUUAGUUUAUUGCAUAAGCAAUCCUUGUCUAUUGAUACGAUGCAGAAUGCAAAUAUUCAUCUUAAUUUGUAAUAUUUACCCUCGUUAGUAAAUAUUGUCUCAGUCAUCACUGUUACCUUUAUUUUUAUGCUUUCUGUCACUUUUGAGUUGUACAGUUCUCCAUGUUCAAAAUAAAGCCCAUGUUCUAUUUUAUAACUA